AUGGCGACUGAUUCUCCUGCCAACCCAUUGCCCAGCGACUUUGAAUGGGGCUUCGCGACAGCUGCCUAUCAAAUUGAAGGAGCUGUCAAUGAAGAUGGUCGGGGAAAGUCAAUCUGGGAUACCUUCUGCCACCUGGAGCCAACACGGACAAAGGGUGACAGCGGCGAUAUUGCAUGCGACCACUACCAUCGCUUUGAGGAGGACUUUGACCUUCUGUCCAAGUAUGGCGCGAAAGCAUACCGUUUCUCUAUCUCGUGGUCGCGAAUCAUCCCAAUGGGUGGAAGAAACGACGCAGUAAAUGAAAAGGGCAUUGCGUUCUACAGUCAAAUGAUUGAUUCUUUGCUAAAAAGAAAUAUCGUACCUUGGGUCACACUCUACCAUUGGGAUCUGCCUCAAGCUCUCCAUGACAGAUAUGGAGGUUGGCUCAAUGUGGAAGAGUCACAGCUGGAUUUUGAGCGCUUUGCAAAGGUCUGCUAUGAGCGAUUCGGAGAUCGAGUCAAGAACUGGAUUACUCUGAAUGAACCUUGGAUUGUUUCCAUCUUUGGCUAUGCUACUGGUGGAAAUGCUCCAGGAAGAAGCAGCAUCAAUCCCCAGUCUACUGAGGGUAACUCUGCGACGGAGCCUUGGAUUGUUGGCAAGGCUCUGAUCAUGAGCCAUGCUCGCGCAGUCGCCCUCUACAACAAGGAAUUCCGAGCAGCACAGAAUGGGAGAAUCGGAAUCUCUUUGAACGGAGACUUCUAUGAGCCCUGGGACGCGCAAGACGAACGUGAUCACCAGGCUGCGGAGCGACGUAUGGAGUUCCACAUCGGAUGGUUUGCCAAUCCAGUCUGCCUGGCACAAGACUACCCCACCUGCAUGAGAGAACAGCUGGGUGAUCGUCUGCCUGAGUUCACAGAAGCCGACUUUGCUCUGCUUCGUGAAGCAGAGAUGGACUUUUACGGAAUGAACUACUACACUUCCCAAUUUGCACGUCACCGUGACGGGCCAGCUUCCGAGACUGACUGUCUUGGAAAUGUGGAAGAGUUCCAAGAAAACAAAGAGGGUCUAUCAGUCGGUGAGCCGUCAGGUGUUCACUGGCUACGCUCGACUCCUAAGUUGUUUCGGAAGCAUCUGACACGGGUUUACCGUAAAUAUGGAAAGCCUAUCUAUGUCACUGAAAAUGGAUGUCCUUGCCCCGGUGAAGAUAAGAUGACUGUUGAAGAGGCAGUGAACGAUACAUACCGAAUCCGGUACUUCGAGGAUCAUAUUGACGCUGUCGCGCUAGCACGCAGCGAGGAUGGCUCUGAUAUCAAGGGAUAUUUUGCCUGGUCGUUGAUGGACAAUCUAGAAUGGUCCGAUGGCUACGGGGUUCGAUUUGGCGUUACUUUCACCGAUUACAACACCCUUGCAAGAACCCCGAAACAGUCUGCACUGCUCUUGAAAGGAAUGUUUGAGAAACAGAUGGCUCCCUCCUAG